UUUAUUUCCAAACCGCCAGGUGUCACUAGCGCGCAUACAAACUGAAUUCCACAGAAGAAGUCCCGUGUCCUUCACAACAGCAAAGAUGGCGACUGCUACAAAAAUCAUUCAGAGGCUCCGAAAUUUGUUAGCUGGGCGCGACCUGCAAGCAAAACUGCAGCUGAGAUAUGAGGAGAUUGCAAAGAGGACACAGCCACCACCCAAACUGCCUGUGGGCCCCAGCCACAAGUACGCCUUCAACUACUACUGCACAAGAGAUGGGCGCAGAGAGUCAGUACCCGCCACAGUUGUCAUGUCUUCACAGAAGGCUCUCACCGCUGGAAGUCAAGUUUCUGCGGCCCCAAAGCUUCCAGUGACCCCGGGUUCUUCAUAUAAGGAGCCAUCCCUCUCCACAGACCAGCCGUACCUCUGAGCAUCAGCAACCCGAAUUCUCCUUCCAGACCUGCUGCUGAGGCCUGCUUGUGUUGGUCGUAUCCUGUACAAUAGCAAGUGUGAAUAAAAUGUGUUCUAUUUCA